AUGCUUCUCUACAUGUGUAAACUCACCUGGCAGCAGCCGAGUCAAGGAACUGUCUCACCUUGCCUCUGUUUCUUUCUCUGGAUCUCUGGGGGUUUCCGUCCCCUCCUUGCUGCCAAGCUGGAUUUCCUGCAGGUGAAGCAUCUGAAGAGGAAGAGGAAGAGCAACUACAGUGUGAGAGAAACUCAGGCUCUCGUCAGGGAGAUCCACAAGAGAAGAGACGUGUUGUUCUCCAGACAGCAGAACACUGCCAUUAAUGAGCUGAAGAGGCAGGCAUGGGAGGAGGUGGCCCAAGGUGUGAAUGCUCUGGGGGAGGGCGAGCUACGUACUGCUGCUGAGGUGAAGCGCCGUUACCUGGACUGGCGUGCACUAACGAAGAAAAAGCAGCUGCAGGCUGAGUUCUCUCUGUCUUCCUCAUCCUCCUCAUUGACCAUGAAGACCGAGUAUGACCAAUCCUCCCCUGAGCACGAGGAAGCUUCUCUAGGAUCCGGCUGUGAUCAGCUGCUUGACCUCUCGGGCUUCGCAAAGGACUGUCACUGCGACUGGCCGGAGCUGGUGGCUCUCGGUGAGCCAAGCGGUCAGGGAGUGAUGGCACUGUCAGGUGUGAAGAUGGAGGAUGAUCUGGAUGGAGAUGUGGGCGAUGGAGAAAUGGAUGAGGAUGACAUUCCCUCUCUCCUUAGCGACAUCGAGUCACGCGGAGACGGGCACGUUGGUGAUGUUUACUCCCACAACGACUUGGGCAUGCUCGGUUCUUCAAAGGAUCCGACUUCCACCACCAACCGAGAUCUACCGCUGCCUGGAGGCCUGGUGGGAAUGCCGGCUCUCGGGCUGGGCGGACUCGGCAAUCACGAGAACCUGGGAGCGGGGUUUCUGGUCGCCGUUGAGAAACAGCGACUGGAGCUGGAAAAGCAACGGCUGGCGGUUGAGACAGAACGCCUGGCAGUGGAGAAAGAGCGGCUGCUGGUGGAGAAGGAGCGACUUCGCCAGACGGAGGUGGAGAGGGAGCGGCUGCAGCUGGAGAGGGAGAGGCUACAGGUGGAGAGAGAGAGGCUUAGGCUGCUGCUCGUCAGCCAGUCGGAGCAUGUCGACUCCUCUUUCAACCUGCCACCACAGCAAGGCCCGCCGUCUUCCUCCACCUCUUCCUUAUCCUCCACUCACGACGGACAGAGGGAGAGGGAGAAGGGAGGCAAAGGCUGGAUGUCGGCGGUGAACCUGGAGACAGAGAAGCUCAAUCUGGAGAAGGAGAGGCUGCAGCUGGAGAAGGAGAGACUGCAGUUUUUCAAAUUUGAAGCCGGCCGGCUGCAGAUUGAGAGAGAGCGCCUGCAGGUGGAGAAAGAGAGAAUGCAGCUGCACAAAGACCAUCAGUCAGUUAAAGUCUGA